CAUGAACCCAGGCUGCCUUGUUUCUGGCUGGGUGGAUGCCACGUCAGGCCCAUAAAUAGGGGUCUUCCCAGCUGCUCGGUCACUUGCCCUCUGCUUCUCUCUCUUGUCCAUCUCAGCCUCGAGUACCUGGACCAGGAUCUCCUCAGUCCUCGGCUCAGUGGCAAAAUGAUGGCUAUGGGUCUCCUGUGGAUGGGGCUGGCCUUGCUCCAGGCCCUAGAGACCCAGGGCCAGAGCCAGGAAUCCCCCCAGGAGAUCCCAGUUCAGCCUGACUUCCUAGAGGACAAGUUCGUGGGGACGUGGUACAGCGUGGGACUGGCCUCUACCUUCCCCUGGUUCCUGAAAAAGAAGGCAGAGCUGAUGAUGUGCAAGACUGUCCUGACUCCAGAAGCUGAUGGAACAGUCAACUUCACUGCCACCUUCGUCAGAACAGGUAACUUGAGCCAGGUAAAGGGAAGUUCAGGGUCUGGCUCUGGGAACAGGAACAGCAACAAUCAGUGUGAGACUCGCACCUCCCUCCUGAGGAAGACCCAGCAGCCAGGACACUAUGUUUACAAAAGCAUCAAGUGGGGGAGCGAACACAACAUCUUUGUGGUGGAAACCAACUAUGAGGAAUAUUCCCUGCUGUAUACCACUAAAACCAAAGGCAACAGUAACUUCAACAUGGCAACUCUCUACAGCAGAACCAAGGAUGUGAGACCUGAGCUGAAGGAGAGGUUCAUCAGCUUUGCCAAGUCCCAUGGCUUCACAGAAGACACCAUUGUCAUCCUGCCCAAAACUGAUCAGUGUAUCAAUGAAAACUAAUCAGAUCCUGCACAUGCCUUGAUCACCCCCUUGGACCUCAGGCUCUUCUCUAGAAAGUCUCCGCUCCAUGGACCCCUGGCUGGCAGGAUCUUUCUGCCUGGUGCCACUGCCCCCAGCUUUGCGCUUCUAUACUGACCCUAUCAAAUAAAUAAAUGGAGUACUGA